AUGUUCCUCAUGUUUCUUGUCAAUGUGGCUAUGAUUUUCGAAUAUUUCCCAGUCUCUAGAAUAGUUCAAAAGUCUUCUGUGUCGGGGUUCUUCUUGUGUUGCGGGUUACUUAUCAGUGUCGUUUCUGCAAGUCAAGGACCGAAAUCUGGAUCUUUGAAUAGUUUCAAUUAUCAAUUGCUAUCUCUCCUAUUACUCGGUGCGCUCAUUGAAAUACUCCACCAACUUCUUCCAUUUCUGAUCUUCCAUCUGAGAUGUUGCCCAUUAGAAUCUGAUCCAACUCCACCAAUGUUUCCAUCACCAAGUGACCAAUUUAGUUUGGACACAGAGAGAUCGAAAUGUAACGCAGCGUUGGAUUCUGCAAGAGCCGAGUCGAUGAGAAGUCCAAGAAUCGCAAAUUUCGAUAUGUGUUUGGCUGAAGUGAAAUACACCAUGUCCACUUUCAAUGAAGUGUUGAACUUACACUCUUCUGCGGAAUGGAGAAGGUAA